AAAACAAUAGUGGGGUUAUAUUUUUGUCAAAAUCUAAUGACUAAUGUCCCACAAGUAGUGUUUAUUUUUAAUGGAAAUAAUGAUUGUUUAAUCCCCUAGCUUAAAAGAACAAUUUGAGGAAACGAUUAACAUCUGUAAUGUAUUGCUCAUAUUAAGAUUAUUUACUUUUUACGACGUAAUUGAAGGCUGAUGUUUGACAGUUAAUAAUGGUUAAUACUUCUUUGGUAAAAUAACAGAUACACCCACCAGUUCUUUGUUUAAAUUUAUUGUGACAUGUGAUUGUUGGAAGGAAAACAGAAUUAAAAUGCUUUCAAUAACAAUAUGCAUCUUGCUAGCACUUUCGUUAGAUCAAACUACAGCAGAAAUAUAUGCUAUACAGUUUGACUCCCAAUUCUAUUAUGAGGAAUUUGAAGAUGUUGAAGCAAUGUUUGGACCCAAAUUAUCUGAAGGAAUUGCUCUAAGAGGAAUGCUUCAUUAUGGAGAGCCUCCUGAAGUGUGUUCAAAGAUAAAGCCACCUCCAAACAAUACUGAAAAUGAAACUGCAAAAUGGUUUAUUCUAUUGCCUAGAUAUACACUUGCUGAAAAUUGUACAUUUGAAGAAAAUGUUCGGUAUGCCCAGGCUGCUGGUUAUGAUGCUGUCAUCAUACACAACAUCCAUUCGAACCAUCUUAUUCCUAUGUCAGCAAAGAACAGUACAGGAAUUAUGAUUCCGUCAGUGUUUGUCAGUGAAUUAUCAGGGUUUACUUUGAAAAUGUAUGCCAAACCCAGUUACUUUAUAGUGAUAACUGGAACAUCCCCAUUUAAUAUACAGACUCAUUUACUGAUACCAUUUGCAAUUGUUGUUGGUAUAUGUUUUAUUGUUAUGAUUGUAUUUAUGAUUGUAAAAUUCAUAAAAGACCGAAGACGGCAGCGACGACACCGAUUGCCGGCUUCAACAUUAAAAAAAAUUCCCACGUGUAAAUUUCAAACGGGAGACCCGUACGAAACUUGCGCCAUCUGUCUGGAUGAUUAUGUAGAAGGCGAGAAACUUCGAGUACUUCCAUGCAACCACGUCUAUCACACGAAUUGCAUCGACCCGUGGCUGACGAAAAACCGGCGGGUGUGUCCGAUAUGCAAGCGAAAAGUUUUCGCGCACGACGAAUCGCACCACGACUCCGACAGCGACUCGGAAGCCGACGACACCACUCCGCUUCUAAACCCGACGACAAACAGGGGCACGCAGGGCGGCACCUUCGACCAGCCACACGAAAAUCCCAUACAAAGAGCCGUAAGAUCCAUCUCGCAACAGUCCGGUGCUGCAAACUUUGUAACGGCCUCCGACCAUCACAGCAUAAACGGAGAGCGCGUAAGUAAUCCUUCCUCAUCUGGAUCUUACAGUAGCGUAAAAUCCGAUGAAAAUGAUUGUGAUAAUUUGGGCGAACUGCACGUUCACACUCAGCCAGAGACUCUUGACGAGACCAAAACAGACAUUAAUGUCUAGAUAGAUAUUCUUAAUUAAUGUUUAAUACACUUUUAUUGAAAGUGAUUGUUUUAAAAGUUAUAUCGAGUUUAUGUACACAUUCUGAUUCUUGUAAAAUAUAAUCCCCGCAAAAAUCUUUUCUUUUUAGACGAGAUCUAAUCUAAUUACAUCCAGUUGCUUGUAGAUACAUAUGUCUAGUCUUGUUCCCUAUCAAGUUUUACGAUUAAUUUUAUGGGUGCUAGCUUAGUUUAAUUAAUAAAAUUUGACAAAUGAUAAACCAAACAGUGACUAUAGCUAAAUUAGCAAAGUGAUAAAAGGGUUCUGUUAUAAAAUUAAUAAAUAAUCUAUAUAAUAUAUGCCAGCCAGUCAAUCUCAAAGAUUUCUUUUUAUGUAUUUACUUACCGCGAUGACUUCUAUUGUAGGUGACAGUGUCGCCUCACAAGUUUAAAUAAUAAUCAUUUAUUUUUCAAUGUAUACUUGUUUAUUUAGAAAUCUGUAUAUAACCAAAAAAUACAAGAAUUAUUAUUUUUUGUAUUAAAUAAGGUAGAUAAAUUCCAUUUUAAAUUGUAUAUAUUAGUUUAAUAAUAAAAAUAUAAUAAGUG